UGAAACCAGAAGAGUCGUUCAAGCAUCCACCCCGUUCCUUGUAGUAGAAGCUUCAUCGAGGCUUGCAUGUGAUUUAUGAGGUCGCCUGGGUCGUGCCUUCCUGUUUCGAUUCCAACCGUCAACAUGCACAUUUUCUCUCACCUCACCUCACCUCACCUCUAACCAGCUCCAAUCAACACAUAUCUACCCCACACCACAAAUAUGGCACGUCGACGCGCUCAUUCUCCCCCAGAAGGCGAACCAGCUGCACGAAGCCGCACCAAACCCUCCAUCUCGGAUUCAGACGCUAGAAGCACUGAGAGCCAACAAAUGCUCGCCCUACCCCCUCUUCUCAAGAAACCACGCAAGGAGAACAAUGAAACCCAACAGUUCCGCAUCCGCACGGCGAAAGACCAGAAAGAUCUCAGAGCGUUGAUGCAGCGGAAGAUGUUGAGAGCGAAAGAAGCAGAUGAACAGCGCCGCAACGAACUUACUGCUACGCUACUUUCCGCACUCCAAACCCCCAGUCGUCCUGCUCGGCACGUCACAACAUUUCCGAAUACAUCCAUCGCUGAAAAUGGGACGUUUGCAUCUGCAGCCGCGGUUCUCAUCGCGAGCGACAAGUUGGUGAGAGAGUACGAGAGGGUGCACAAAGUUAUCGUACAGCUGGCAGGUGAGCAAGAGGGGAAUGAUCCGGUAGCGGAUGUAUGGAGGAAGGAGGUCAAGGAUCUGGAGAGGGUGUUGAGAGCUGGUGCGAGGAAAGCGGGAAAGGAUGUUGGGAAGGUUUUGGGAGGUGUGCAGGACGGAGGAGAAGCUGAUGAUGAGGACGAGGAGAUGAACGGAGCAGGAGCGAUGCAAGAUGGGGAAAUGAACAUGGAACUCAAAAAGAGCCUCGAGUACAUGGAACGCGGUGUGAGGAGGAUGGUAAAGGGACUACCGAGGGAUGAGGAGUAAGAGCAGAAGUCAAUUGGAGUGUAUAACGAGUGUUCUUACUGGCAUGUAAUAUUGACAAUAUAAC